AUGGUCUUUGUUGUAUUCUCACCUAAACUUCAAGAAACGAAAAUUAUUGUGGAGGUUAUUCUAGCAGCAGCGAUGGAUUCAACUCUAACGAUUCUUCACAAAGUUUCAAUUACAACACCACUAACUACUGCUCUCAAUAUCGUGGUGGAUUCAAAGGUAGACAAAAUUGGUGGUAAACAACAACCUAUCGCCAAUAAUAUCAUCGAUCGUCAGCAGCAGAAGCAGCAACAUCAACAACUAUUCAACUUUAAACUAUUCAAAGAGAUUAAUUAUCAUAAUCCACAUAGCGAUUUACCUCACUAUGAAAAUUUUGAUAAUAAACCAUUUCUAUUUAAAAAAAUUACAUGUAAAUAG